AUGGCCGAGUUAUUUUACACCAAGCGGAGCACUACCGGCCCUGACGAGUUUGACGGAGCCGACAGUGUCAAGGACCACACCAACAGCCUGCUGAAGCUCAUCACCGGCAGCGUCAUCCUCGACCGGGAGGUGGACGACAAGGCUGGUUCAAACUACUACAUGCCGACCAUCCUCGAGCUGCCAACCGAGACUCUUGUCGCUAUCGGCCUUGUGACGAACUGGCUUUCGACAUUGGCCGCCGAUGCCCCCGACGGCACUUUCAAGCUCUGGCUUAGCGACGAUGUCAAGGCAUCAAGUUACGAGGCAGGCGUGGAGCGGAUCCCUUCCAACCGUUGUAUCCUCCGCCCAGGCAAGAAUAACAUCCCUAGUGACAUCCGCUCCUAUGUCGAGCACUCCAUCGACCAUUCAUGCAGCGCAACUACAACUACAGUCAUCCUGGCUAGCGUGGACUCUCUUCGUUUCAGCGACACCAGCAAGUGGCUGGCUCCCUUUAGGAGCUACAGACAAACUAGAAGGAUGGGAUACUAG